AUGGCACCCACCCCUUUAGAUAAAAUGUCAACCAAGUCUCAACCAGCGCCCCCAUACCCGCACAGUCAGGGGCCAACUCACCCCGAAGACCCUGGCAUAGGUCCAAGUAGACAAACACCGUCACCAGACCCAGAGGCACACUCAAACUGCACAUACUGCGCCCAAACAACCGCACACGUACAUGAUGACACAGUGCAGACUUUAGACUGGGCACAGGAGCCCUCAAUUCCCAUGACCAAUCUUGGUGGCAACGACAAAGCUACCCCGGAAAAUAGGGAGCGUCCUUAUCCUGUCUUGACAGCAUGGGGCUUCGAGAUGCUCAUGAUGGUCAUGGCGAUCGUCUCGCUGGUAGGCCUCUUUGUCAUCCUCCACGCCGUUGACGGCAAGGUAAUAGCAGCAUGGCCGUGGCAGAGACUUAGGCUAGAGACAGUGAUAUCGUUUAUGGUCACGGUGACGGUUGCCUCUGUGACCUAUGUUAUGACCCAGGUGCUUGGACAGGCGGGAUGGUCAUGGUUCGGCCAUACUUUACACAGACGGCCGCUGUAUGAUCUCGACGUCUUCAACCACGGCGGCGAUGGCAUUCUUGCGUCUCUACAGCUACUGUUGUCCGUUCUCAGGAGCGGACUCUCCAGUAUCCGCACAGCAGCAGGCAUCAUGGCGAUCUGCGCUGCAUUCAUCACCAUCUCCUCCUUUGCAGCGGGUCCCUUUGCCCAGCAGGCCCUGCGAAUAGUCUCAUGCUCUUGGCGGAGCGGUCCAGGUCUAGGCUCAAUCCCCGUGUCCAACUUUGUACCGGCCAACGACGAUUACUUUGUCAAGUACGCCAACGACUACAUGGUGUUCGAACUCGACCCUGAGAUGAAGGCCGUCAUGCUCAACGCGCUGGCGAACCCAAAAGCCGGCGCCGAGUCUGCAGUCACAGCAGACUGCCCCUCUGGCAACUGCAAGUUCCGAGACUACGGCACGGGCAUGACGCACUCCACCAUCGGCAUGUGCAGCACCUGCAUCGACCUCGGGGCCUACGUCACAGACACCGAAGUCGCAGGCUCAAAGCCUGGCCUGUAUUUCCGCAACUACUCGCUCCCGUGGGACGGAAGCGUCGACAUCAACGUGCUCCGAGCCGACGGGAUGGAAAACUGGGGCAGCUACAUCAUCCCCCAGAGCACCGAGAGAAACCCGUGGAUGUCGCUGACCAUGCAGGGAUACUUUGACUAUGCGAAGCGCGGCUGGACGUCCGAGUUUUGGGACUCGGCGCCCGACGCCUUGUUCAACAUGACCAUCAUGGCGACGUCGGAUGCGCCGUGCACGGUCGUCAACGACGGGGUCAAGUUUUGUCCCUGGCAGAUCAAGAACGACAUGGUACCGGAAAAUAACUUUACGAGCCUCGUGGCCGUGGGUUGUAGACUCUACCCCUGUCUAAAGAACUUUCGCGCCGAGGUCAAGUCGGGCGUGCUCACAGAGGAGCUGGUGUCAACCGUGCCGGCCCGCACAAACAGACUGGAAAAAGUAAAUAAAAAAGUAAAUGAAAAAGGCCUCCAAGUAAACAUCACAGCCCUGCAGGACCCCUGCUUCCUCGCAGACGACGACAGCGACGGUAAAAAGGUGUUUACAUCUGAUGAAUUCGGCCAAGUUCCUUCCGCCCAACACAGAACAUUCUCCCGCAUCACAACAGCCCAGUCCACCGUCAUCCAAGCCCCGUCAGAUUGCCUAUACCACGCAUCCGGGAUCUACCUCGAUGCGAUGAAACUCCACCUGAUGGAUCUUAUUGCCGGCCGGUGCCGCUACACGAACUCUGACUUUUUUCAAAGGCCCGCGAGGGUGACGUGCGGCGACAAGUGGUGGCUGGAUCCGCUUUACGCAUCGCGCAACGCCUCGGUGGCGAGCAUCUCCGCCGCGAUGGAAGGCUUCGCAGUCGCCGUGACGAACCAGUUCCGGCGAACGGGCAGCGGACCACACAGACCGCGCGCCGAGGGUGACCCGACGGGGUUGACAGUGCUCGGUGACGUGUGGGACGAUACAACGUGCUUCUCGCUGCGGUGGGAGUGGCUGCUCCUUCCCGCAGGUUUGGUCGCGUUUACGCUGAUUGUGCUUUUUGCUGCAAUCUUGAGGUCGUACAUGGAGCCUGAACAGCCGGUUUGGAAGGCCAGCGUGCUCCCCAUGGUGAUGUAUGGGUUGGCAGGGCGGGGUGGUGGCCGUGACGAGGGCUAUGCCCGGCGCGACUUGAUGGAACUGAGAAAGGUGGAGCAGGUUAUUUUCCAAGAUCUUCUCGUUAGCCUUGCUAUGACCAGAAGGCUGCUGAGCGCACUGAGGAUGAGGCGAAUCAGCUCUCUCUGGAGCGAGACCAAGGACGCGAGCCGCGAGAGACGGGCGGGCAGUUGGUGGAGAUGUGGUGUUAAUGCUGCUCUUUGCUUCCCCGCUUUGAGCUGGUGCGGGUACAACGAUCUGAGGAGCAAACUGGGUGACAGGAGGGUUGGGGAUAGGCAUGUCAGGAUGACCGCCGGCGUUGAUGUCGUCCAAAGGCUCUGGCUUGGGCAGAUUCAUACCCGCGCCGGGGAAUUCUGCUUGGUUUUCGAACUGAAAAUCUUCGUUGGGGUAGAAUUCAAACUCGACAUCAUCAGGCAAAGGCAUGUUCUGCCACUCGGGAGCGGGCAAAGCAGGGUCAAAGUGAAGCUGCUCACCGCCGCCCAUGACAGCAGCGUCAGCGACCAUUGGGAUCAUGCCACCGUUCUCAGCGUUCAUGAUGGGCUCGAGCAUCUGCUCGCGAGCACCGGGCUGCUGGAGGGCGUUUGCGAGAAGCACGAGGAUCGUGCCCUUGCGGGCGACGAACUCGAGCUCGUCGGGGGUCUUGACGGCACACUCGUCGCAGCAGAUUCCAGCCGAAGGCUUGGAGAAGCAGAACUGACAGAAGCCGUUGCUGACGAGGGCCGUCGCGGCCGCAGCGUCGGGGACGAGGAAGAUGAUGUUUGCGAUCGUGUCGCGGCACGGCUGGCACACAAACGUGGCCUCGCCGUUGGCCUUGACGAUUCGGCAGCCUCCGCAGCCAGCGCAGGAGAAACAUGCCUCGCAGCCCGGCAUGAAGUGCGGAUAGUAGUAGAAAGGGGCCAUCUUGAUGUGUUUCGAGAGCUAUAUGAGGGUAUUUGCGGUUGA